CGUUUCGUUUCAGCGCAGUUCUCGCGCUGCAACCUUGCUCCUGUUGCAACGAGAGCCUUCGAGAUCUUCUCCGCCUCCGCGACCGGCGCCUCCUCUGCGGCCGUGGAGCCGGAGCCGCGGCCCGAGCGGUAGAGGCCCCCGUCUUUCUCCAAGCCCCAAGCCUCCUAGCGGACGGUCGUCCGGCUUCGCCCGCCCAGCCGCGGCGCUCCACCGGCCCACGCGGCUCGCCCUCUUCCACGCGCCAACCCCGCCGGGUUCCGUGUGCAGUGUCGGCGGCCGGCCCUGGGCCCGAGCCGGAGCAGUAGCCGGCGCCAUGUCGGUGGUGGGCAUAGACCUGGGCUUUCAGAGCUGCUAUGUCGCUGUGGCCCGCGCCGGCGGCAUCGAGACGAUCGCUAACGAGUAUAGCGACCGCUGCACGCCGGCAUGUGUUUCUUUUGGUCCUAAGAAUCGUUCAAUUGGAGCAGCAGCUAAGAGCCAGGUAAUUUCUAAUGCCAAGAACACAGUUCAAGGCUUUAAAAGAUUCCAUGGGCGUGCAUUCUCCGAUCCAUUUGUGGAAGCAGAAAAAUCUAAUCUUGCAUAUGAUAUUGUGCAGUUGCCCACUGGAUUAACGGGCAUAAAGGUUACAUAUAUGGAAGAAGAGAGGAAUUUUACCACGGAACAAGUGACUGCCAUGCUUUUGUCGAAACUGAAGGAGACAGCAGAGAGUGUUCUUAAGAAGCCUGUGGUAGACUGUGUUGUCUCGGUUCCUAGUUUCUACACUGAUGCAGAACGGCGGUCAGUGAUGGAUGCCACACAGAUUGCUGGUCUCAAUUGUUUGCGGUUAAUGAAUGAAACAACUGCAGUUGCUCUUGCUUAUGGAAUCUAUAAACAAGACCUUCCUGCCUUAGAAGAAAAACCAAGAAAUGUAGUUUUUGUAGAUAUGGGACAUUCUGCCUAUCAAGUUUCUGUAUGUGCAUUUAAUAAAGGAAAACUGAAAGUUUUGGCCACAGCUUUUGAUACAACAUUGGGAGGCAGAAAAUUUGAUGAGGUGUUGGUAAAUCACUUCUGUGAAGAAUUUGGAAAGAAAUACAAGCUAGACAUAAAAUCUAAAAUUCGUGCUUUAUUACGACUGUCUCAAGAGUGUGAGAAACUCAAGAAAUUGAUGAGUGCGAAUGCUUCAGACCUCCCUUUGAGCAUUGAGUGUUUUAUGAAUGAUAUUGAUGUGUCCGGAACUAUGAAUAGAGGCAAAUUUUUGGAGAUGUGUGAUGAUCUCCUAGCAAGAGUGGAGCCGCCACUUCGAAGCGUCUUGGAGCAAUCCAAGUUAAAGAAAGAAGAUAUUUAUGCAGUGGAGAUAGUUGGUGGUGCCACACGAAUCCCUGCAGUGAAAGAGAAGAUCAGCAAGUUUUUUGGUAAAGAACUCAGCACAACAUUAAAUGCAGAUGAAGCUGUCACUCGAGGCUGUGCUCUGCAGUGUGCAAUUUUAUCACCUGCUUUCAAAGUCAGAGAAUUUUCUAUCACUGAUGUGGUACCAUAUCCAAUAUCUUUGCGAUGGAAUUCUCCAGCUGAAGAGGGGUUAAGUGACUGUGAAGUCUUCCCCAAAAACCAUGCUGCUCCUUUCUCCAAAGUCCUCACCUUCUACAGAAAGGAACCUUUCACUCUUGAGGCCUACUAUAGUUCUCCUCAGGAUUUGCCCUAUCCAGAUCCUGCUAUAGCUCAGUUCUCAGUUCAGAAAGUCACUCCACAGUCUGAUGGCUCCAGCUCAAAAGUGAAAGUCAAGGUCCGGGUGAACGUGCACGGCAUCUUCAGUGUGUCCAGUGCGGCCUUGGUGGAGGUGCACAAGUCUGAAGAGAGUGAGGAGCCCAUGGAGACGGAUCAGAAUGCAAAGGAAGAGGAGAAGAUGCAAGUGGACCAGGAAGAACCACAUACUGAAGAGCAGCAGCAGCAGCCACAGACACCAGCAGAAAACAAGGCGGAGUCUGAGGAGAUGGAGACAUCUCAAGCUGGAUCAAAAGAUAAAAAGACGGACCAACCACCUCAAGCAAAGAAGGCAAAAGUGAAGACCAGCACUGUGGACCUGCCCAUUGAGAGCCAGCUGCUCUGGCAGCUGGACCGGGAGAUGCUCGGCCUGUACACAGAGAAUGAGGGUAAGAUGAUCAUGCAGGAUAAACUGGAGAAGGAACGGAAUGACGCCAAGAAUGCUGUGGAAGAGUAUGUGUAUGAGAUGAGAGACAAGCUUAGUGGUGAAUAUGAGAAGUUUGUGAGUGAAGAUGAUCGUAAUACUUUUACCUUAAAAUUAGAGGAUACUGAAAAUUGGCUGUAUGAAGAUGGAGAAGAUCAACCAAAGCAAGUUUAUGUAGACAAAUUGGCUGAAUUAAAAAGUUUAGGUCAACCCAUUAAGACACGGUUCCAGGAAUCUGAAGAAAGACCAAAAUUAUUUGAAGAACUAGGGAAGCAAAUCCAACAGUAUAUGAAAGUGAUCAGCUCUUUCAAAAACAAGGAGGACCAGUAUGAACACUUGGAUGCUGCUGACGUGACAAAGGUAGAGAAAAGCACCAAUGAGGCGAUGGAGUGGAUGAAUAGCAAGCUUAACCUGCAGAACAAACAGAGCCUGACGGUGGAUCCAGUUGUCAAGACAAAGGAGAUUGAAGCUAAAAUUAAGGAGCUGACAAGUAUUUGCAGUCCUAUAAUUUCAAAACCCAAACCCAAAGUGGAACCCCCAAAGGAGGAACCAAAACAUGCUGAGCAGAAUGGACCAGUGGAUGGCCAAGGAGACAACCCAGGCUCCCAGGCUGCUGAGCACGGUGCAGACACAGCUGUGCCUUCUGAUGGCGACAAGAAGCUUCCUGAGAUGGACAUUGAUUGAUUCCAACACUUGUUUAUAUUAAAACAGACUAUUAUAAAGCUUUAAGUUGUCAACUUUGUUCUGAAUAUCAACUAGAGCAAGCAAAUACUGGAGAUUUCUUAGUCAGUUUUUAGGGGACCUCGGGGGUGGGGUAUAUAGGUAAUAUACAGAGCAUUUUGACUUCUAAAUAGUUAGAUCCAGAGAUGAAGUGCACUGUUCUCUCUUCAUUACGGUCCUGUUUAAGAGCCCAGCUAGUCUAUCUGAGCUCUCGCCUCCAUCCUUGUUUUAAUCAUGCUUCUACAAGGUGAAGUGUGUUUGGGGAAACUGAGCUCUAACAAAAGCCGCGACAGCCACCAGGCAGGCUUUUCCUUAUACAUGACAGAAGUUCGUAUUACGCCUUGGAAGGUCUAGGUGGAGAUCACCACCAGCAUUCUCUGCCUGUGGGGUUGUGGGGCUGGUGCUUUCUCCAUUUCUGAGGGUCAGGAUGGCCAAGCAUGGAUUAACACUAGGAGAGUGCAGAGCGCAGCAGAGCCUGCUCUCAUCCCUCUAUCCCCAGCCCAGUCUUCCUCCUCCAUCCUUAAGCAGUAUAAAUGCUAUGUGCCCUCUUCACUUAGAGCGAGCUUUAGUGUGUCAAGGGACUCUGCUUUCCUGUACUUCCUAAAAGUACAUUCACUAAUACUGAAGCAUCAAAGUGUAGUUUAACCUUAAGGUUGGGUUGUAAAUAACACAGUUGGGUGUAGGCAUGGUAAAUCUGAGCAGUCCAUCCUUAGUAUGGUGGAAAGAUUUGUACCCUGACCCGCUCGAGUGGUGGUAGAUGUAUGUAAAUUAGAAGUUUGAAUGGGACAGGAUGAGAGUUCGAGGCUCUUUGUUUGGUAUCUUUUGUGUUAAUGUGUCUUGAAUCUGCCAAUCUGUAUGUUAAAACAGCUGACAGAUUGUAAAGCUAUUGCACUGCGUUGCCCUGGACAAGUCUGAAAUUGGUAUAAAAGACAAGGUGCCCAAGGUCACAAGAACACCUCAUUGCCGACUGAAGCCAGUGUCAGGGCACCACAUACUCCUGGGGCCAGUCUACAGGAAAGAGAUGUUCUGCAAACAAGGGUGGAUGCCUGCAGUAGAGGUCAGAGCUGGUUACCUGCCUUAGUUACAAGUGUCGGUUAUGUUCUGGGUCUUUGUAAUCGCUGAUCUCUGUAACAGAGCCUCUGUUUAUUUUUGCUUGUUGGAAAUAGGGUUCAACCAUGCAUAGUUAGAAUCACUAUGCAUCUGUCUGUCCACACAGGAAGUGCUAUAGCUCUCAAGUGCUCUAGAGGCAGUUGGAAAGGAAGGAAUGCAUGCUUAUGUGAGCAGCUGGACUCCCGCUCAGUACAGGCCUGGAACCCCAGGCCAAAUGUAUGCUCUGCUUCCUUGAGUGCUGUAAGAGUUCCCACUGGCCUUGCUCUGAGGCCAAGAGCUUUUUCAAAUGCAGGCUGCAGGAUUAAGCCAGCUCUUAUGCAACUGACUGUCCUUAAUGAAGAACUCAUAAACAUUUGUGUGUGGGGGUGGGGGUGGGAGGGUUUGGGUGCUGGGAUGGGGGUGAAUUUGAAGUUUAAGAUUAAAAGCUAGAAAUCAGAUGGUCUGCUUCUGCUAUGUCUGUAGACCGAUUGGAUGUAUGUGGAGGCUGGCCAGAUGGCAACUGAUGACUUGUGUGCAAACAAGUGUUUAUCCGGGUUGCAUUAUCCAAACUGGUUUGUUAAAAACUCUAGGUCACAUUCUUACACUAAGAAAAACAGUUAACAUGAGACAAAGUUUAGGAAAAACUAAUAAAAGAAACCUGUCUUAACUUGAA